ACGAGCGUUUUAUCUGAUUUUCCUUUUGUCGUGUAUUUCCCAUUUAAUAUUUAACGCAGCGAUGAAUGCGACUCGGGUAUUAUUAGAAGCGAGUCGGCCAUCGGAGCACCGUCGUCGGGCCGGGAAAGUCGUCGGGUUCCCCACCGAUCAGCCGAAGAGGAUCGCUCAAAGCGCUACGGGGCCGCCUCCACGACCAAGACCGCCACCACGAUGAGCGAACGCAACCUCAGCGAAGACCUGGAGAACUGGAUGUCGCUCCUGCCGCAGCAGCUCCGCCAGACGCCUAUCAUUCAUCUGGCUAUACCGGGCUCUCACGACAGCUUCACCUCGGCUAUAACGUCGGAUUCGGAGUUGGCGCCCGACGCCGAAAACGCCAUCAGAAAGCUGAGCUUCCUGGGGCCGGUGCUCAAGUACUUCAUGGUGAACUGGUCUCGAACGCAGUCCUACAUGGCGCUCGACCAGCUCACCCGCGGCGUGCGCUACUUCGACCUGCGUAUCGGCACCAGGUCGGGCACCGAGAACCUCUACGUGGUGCACGGCUUGUACUCCGUGGACGUGCGGAAUUGUCUCGAGGAAGUCGCCGGCUUUCUGGACACUCACACGCAAGAGAUCGUGAUUUUGGACUUCCAACAUUUCUACGGGUUUCGACAGGCUGACCACGACAAACUUAUGCAGCUCAUCGGCAAAAUAUUCGGAGCUAAAUUGCUACCGUAUUCGCAACACAUGAGCUAUGUUACUUUGAAGUACAUGACCACACAAUAUCGUUAUCAGGUAAUUUGCAUCUACAGAUCGGACGCUGCGCGUUUUGGUCAACCGUUGUUAUGGCCUUCGAUCAGUUUCCCCAACCCUUGGCCUAACACGGUGUCGAAGAGGUAUUUGUUCGAAUUCCUGCACAGAGGGCUCAGCAACAGGCCGGAGGGAGCGGCGUAUGUUUCACAAUGCGUCAUGACCCCGCCGGCUUGGUUUAUUUUCCAGAAUUUGUACAGUUCGUUGAAGAAGAAAUGCGCCGUAAAAUUGGAAGAGGCCAAGUCGAAUUGGUUGGAAAAUCAGCGGCCCGGUCCUGGCGGUUUGAACAUCAUCAUAGCGGAUUUCGUCGAAUUGUCCGAUUGCAGAUACAUCAAGGAAGUGAUUGAAUUGAACCAAAAACUCUUAUCCGACAAUAAAAUGUAAUAAAUAUAUUAGUACCA